UAAACAUUUGAGAAGCGGCACAUUUCGGUUUUUCCAAAAGAGACGUCACAAGGUAAGUCGCGUCCACCCAGCUGCAGGGAAUCAUGGCUUACGUAAACACUCAUUGGCUGAGAGGGCGAGGGUGGCGGAUCGACGCAGCAUCUCGGGGCAAAAGAGAGAGAUCGACCAGAACAGUCCCAUGCAUGUCCUCCAGGCAUAAAGAGCGGGCGGGUACAGUGACUGUCUGCCGUCACAGUACCGCAUUGAAUGCCUCUUUUGGUGCAAAAGACUCUUGAAA